AUGCAGCACUACGGAGUAAACGGGUACUCCCUCCACGCCAUGAACUCGCUGAGUGCAAUGUACAAUCUACACCAGCAGGCGGCGCAACAGGCCCAGCAAGCACCCGACUACAGGCCGUCGGUGCACGCACUAACUCUCGCCGAGAGACUAGCUGACAUUAUCCUCGAGGCCCGAUAUGGCUCCCAGCACCGCAAGCAACGGCGCAGUCGCACUGCGUUCACCGCCCAGCAGCUCGAGGCCCUGGAGAAGACCUUCCAGAAGACCCACUACCCCGACGUGGUGAUGCGGGAACGCCUCGCCAUGUGCACCAACCUGCCCGAGGCUCGUGUACAGGUGUGGUUCAAAAACCGCCGCGCCAAGUUCCGCAAGAAGCAGCGCAGCCUGCAGAAGGAGCAGCUCCAGAAACAGAAGGAGGAGACCUCGGAUCCCAGCGAGGAGGAGCACAAAGCCGACCCCGCCCCCGGCAACACCAACACCACCACCAACACCACCACGACCCACUCCCCACCUCCGCACUCCUCCUCCUCUCCCUCCUCCACCGGCUCCUCCUCCUCCCUCUCCUCCCCCUCCGAGGCGGGCCGGCUGGGGGCCAUGCAGGCCCAGGCGGAGGAGGCCAGCGUGGAGGUCAACGUCACCUCCCCGGAGCCCUCCGACUGCGACUCCGCGGCGGAGGAGCGGGAGGAGGAGGCGGAGGAGGAGGAGGAGGCGCGGGGGGCGAUGGAGGGAGAUCGGAGGAUGAUGCUGCGGGACGUCCAGGGGAUUCAGCCGGGGAACCACGGCGGGCCGUCCUGUAAACGCUUCAGCCCCUCCCCAGACUCCCCGCUGGGCUCCCCCGGACUCCAGUCCAGCAGCAGCGCGAGCGGAGGCCUGGUCACCCACGGCAACUCGUACGCCUCGUCCCCGCUCAGCCUCUUCCGCCUGCAGGAGCAGUUCCGCCAGCACAUGGCGGCCACCAGCAGCAUGGUGCACUACCCGCCCUUCGACAUGGUGGCCCCGCCCUCCUCGCUGCCCUACCUGGGCAUGAACAUGGGAGGGGGUCUGCCGCCCUCGCUGGGCUCGCUGCCCUGCCAGCCUUACUACCAGUCCCUGUCGCAGGCCCAGCAGGUGUGGAACAGCCCCUUGCUCCACCAGGCACCCCCGGGACUCUCCCACCAACAGCCCCCACCACCACCGCCACCCCCCCAGCCCCAACCUCCAGGGAGCCUCAACAGCAAGACCACCAGCAUCGAGAACCUGCGCCUGCGGGCCAAGCAGCACGCCGCCUCGCUGGGGCUGGACGUGCUGCCCAACUGA